UUCAAAAUUUGUUUUACGCAACAGCAUGAUUUUAAAAUUUUUAAUUCUAACGAGCAUUUGUGCGUUAGCAUCUGCUCGAAGCAUUUCUAUCUCUGGCUCGAUGGAUAAAAAACCGUCCGAACAUGAAACAACCACACCUCCCAGUAAGGAAACAGAACAGUCAACUACAAGUGCAGAAAGGGAAUCAUCUAACGGCAACACAUCGGGAGAGCAUGCAAACAAUCGGGAUUCGUCAACGCCAUCACCGCAAUCAUCUGACAGUUCUUCAUCGGAUAACCAAAAUGGAAGUACUGUGUCAUCAAAUGAUCAAACUCCAGGCUCCGAUCAGCAUGAACACGAAUCUUCUAAUCAUAACGAAUCAGGAGACCAAACAGACAGUCAUGAUUCAUCAACGACAGCACCAGAAGCUACAGACAGUUCUUCAUCUGAUGAUCAAGAUACAUCAACGACCGAACCAGAAGUUACAGUCAGCUUUUCAUCGGAUGACCAAGAUGAACAUGAUGAUGAAUCAACUGAAUCAACUUCAGGCUUUGAUGAGCAUGAACCCGAAUCUUCUAAUGAUUCAUCAACGACUGCACCAGAAUCUACAGACAGUUCUUCAUCUGAUGAUCAAGAUUCAUCAACGAUCGAAUCAGAAGUUACAGUCAGCUCUUCAUCGGAUGACCAAGAUGAACAAGAUGAUGAAUCAACUGAACCAACUGAACCAACCUCAGGAUUCGAUGAGCAUGAACACGAAUCUUCUAAUGAUUCAUCAACGAUAGCACCAGAAGCUACAGACAGUUCUUCAUCUGAUGAUCAAGUUUCUUCAACGACCGAACCAGAAGUUACAGUCAGCUCUUCAUCGGAUGACCAAGAUGAACAUGAUGAUGAAUCAACUGAACCAACUUCAGGCUUCGAUCACAAUGAAUCAGACAGUUCAUCAACUGUUAAACCAUUAUCCCAAGAAGACCCAACUGAAAGCAGUGAUUCAUCUAACGAAUCAACUAGUCCUCCAUGCAGUUGUGCAGAUGAAUCUAAUGCAAAAGCUCCUAUAGAUGACGAAGAUGAAUAUUCGGAUGAUUAUGAUGAAACUAGUGAUUCAUCAACUGAACCAACUUCAAGCUUCGAAUCUUCUGAACAUUCAGACCAUGGUAAUUCAUCUACAACACAUCGAGAAUCUAGUGACAGUUCGUCUUCGGAUGCCCAAGAUGAAAGCAGUGAUUCAUCAACUGAACCAACUUCAAGCUUUGAAUCUUCUGAACAUUCAAACCAUGGCAAUUCAUCUACAACACAUCGAGAACCAAGUGACAGUUCGUCUUCGGAUGCCCAUGAUGAAAGCAGUGAUUCAUCAACUGAACCAACUUCAAACUUCGAAUUGUCUGAACAUAAUGAACAUUCAAACCAUAGCAAUUCAUCAACAACACAACGAGAAUCAAGUGACAGUUCUUCUCCGGAUGACCAAGAUGACACCAGUGAUUCAUCAACUGAACCAACUUCGGGCUUCGAAUCUGCGAAUGACAGUACUUCGACAAGUCCAACUCAGCACCAAGAGUCAACAACAGAAUCAACUGGACCACCCAGUGAUGGUACUAAUAAUGUUUCGGCUUCAUUCAACAGUAACGUUUCAGUAAAUAGAACAAUAUAAGC